AAAAAAAUUUGACUUUUAAUUAUUAUCUAUCAAUUUCAAAAAUUUUAUUGAUUGUAAUCUUUACAUUUGGUGAAUGCAACAACCUCCUUCAAUUUAGCUUUAUUAAUAAUUAUCUGAUUGGAUUGAAUUUCCCGCGUCAUCAAACAGUAUUAUGGCGAUCAUCAAUAUGGAGACCGUCCGUUUACGCCAAAAGCGAGAAUAAAUUGUUAAUAAACAAUAACAAUCUGUGAUUUUUUACAAUCAAUAGUGACCAAUAAUAUUUUUAUUACCUCUAAAAUAAUAAUAAAUAAUAAAAAAAAGCGUUACAUUAAUUUAAAUGUGUAUAAUCCGAGCAUAUUUUCAUUAUUUUUUUUUUCCAACGGGGGUGUGACUACUUAGUUUUCCACUAACUGUUUAAUUUAUUAUAAAAUUAAUCACAUUAAAUAAAAAAAAAAAAAAUAAAUUAAUCAUAAUAAACAUCUAACAAUUAUUUCAAUUGAGUGUGAUACUAUUUAAACUGUUGGCAACAGUUUAUUUUAUUAUUAAUUCCAAUAAUUGAAGUGUAUUUGCUGAUAUCGAUGAUUGGAAUAAGAAUUUAAUAAAUAUGGCUCAACAAGAAUUGCCACGAGACGUGAGGAGUGAUAGUAAUAAUAUUAUUAAUAAUACCAAUAUUCCAUCAAUUAUUGUUCCAAACAUAACCUGUCCUCCACCACCGCCGUAUCCCACCAUCAAUCUUCCUCCGGGUCAUCCGGCUAGCAUUAUCAAUGAUCGAGGAGCACCACCAUCCUACGAAGAAGUGAUAGAUCGAAAUGCACCACCACCAUCAUAUGAAUCCUUAUUCGGACGAAUGAUCGAAGCACAAAAGAUUUGUAAAGGAGUUGUUGAUUUUGUAUUAAACAUAGUAGUUCUUCUUCUCGGCACCAUUGGAUGUACGAUUAUUUUUGGAGUCACAAUAGCUGUGCCUUUAAGCAUGAUGAUUAUCGGUGGAAUGUAUUUAUAUGACUGUCCUCAAGGCGAAUAUAUUCCAGUGUAUCUAUUAGUAGCUGGUGGUUUUGCAAUAUUUAAACAAUUGCUUUAUUUAUCGGCAAGAGUUCGUCAAUGGCCAGAUGAUAGAGAUGAAGAGAGAAUUCGACAAUCACCAACGUUGACUUUAAUUAAUUGCUUUAUGCUAGGCUGGUUUAUUAUUGGUUCAAUGUGGGUUUAUAAAGAAUACGAACCAAAUUAUGAUCCAUCCCUGGGCAAAUACUGUAAUAAAACUUUAUAUUUAUUUGCAUUCUGGCUGAUAACACUAGUCUACAUAUUUUUGGGAAUUCUGACUGUUGGCUUGUGUUGCAUUUCUGUUAUCACUAUUACUUUUCAAAGCAGACCAUUGGAUCGUUUGAUGUCUAUAUGAAAAAGGGAUCGUUAAUUUUGGUACAAGAAUUUUUAGAUCAUCAAAAAUAAGUAAUACAGUCUAUAAAAGCGAAAUAAAAUACAUAAUAAUGACAGUUAAUUAAAUAAACACUGAGUGUGCCAUCAAAAGAAAAAAAAAAUGAAAGAAUGAUAGAAGACAUUGGAAAGAAUGAUUAUCGGCUGUGUAAUUUUUCUUUUGUGCCAAGAAAGACAAUGAAUGAAUUUUAGUAUUAAUUAAGAAAGUUGAAACAUAAAUCGUACUAUCAAUGUGUUCCUAAGUGAAAGGCAGGUCAAAAAAAUUGGUAUUGUAAAUGAUGUAUUUUAAUUAGAAGACAUGGAAUAGAUUAAUUAUUAAUUAAAUUUCUUUAUAAAUAAAAAGAUAAUUAUUGUUUCUUAUAAUUUGAUUAUCAUUAAAAGUUAUUAUUGAAUACAAUAAUUAAUUCUAAUUAACAUAAACAAUUGACAAGAGCAAAAAAAAAAAUAGAAAAUAAUAGCAAUGAAUCUAUCUGUAUUAUAUCCAUUUUUUAUAUUCCAACUACUUUUAAAAUUAUUUACAUAAAUAAUAAUUAUGUUAUUGUAAUCAAUAACAAUAUUAAUUUUUUUUUUAAAUAUAUUAUUGAUACAAUUAUUGUAU